UUGAGAAUGUGCCGCAAAACAGCGUCGAUUGGUGCCCAAAUCCGAAGCGUAUAAAAUGUGGAGAGCCGAUGGAGAACCAUUCGGAUCCAUGUGUGAGUGAAUGUUUAUUGCGUUCGUGUGGCGUGAUAAAGUGCAGUUUUCGAUGUCAAACUUCAAUGUUCCCGUGUUUGAUUAAUGGCGUUCAAUUUCUCAGCACAGCAAAAAGUGAAAAUUUUGCACUGAAAAGUUGAACCGAAUCGGGACCAGUUGGUGGGCGGUGGAGGAACACUACGAGCCCUCUCCGAUGGAGCUUGUGAAGGAACGGUUCUGGAUGCUUAUCCAGCGCGAUGUGGGACUCAUUCCGGAGCGCAUCAUGAAUAUACUGGAUUUUUGCGGCUAUUCGGCAAACUGCGCCCUAGAAGCGAUCAAUGAUGAGAAGCUUAAAAUAAUCGAGCGGGAAGCGAAAGAGAUUCCACAAAUUUUGCGCAUCUCGGCCAGCGACGAAGAACAAAUGAAAAAGUAUUUCGGAAAAUUUUAUCGCAAUCCACAAAAUUUCCACAUUUUGAGCGGCGAGGCGCAACAAAUCAAAAUGAUCGGUGUCUACCUUCGCCAAAAAGGUAUCGGUAGCUACCUGAAAUUGGACGAACUAACCCGGAUGCGAGAACGACGUCGCAAGGAGGUGACCACGGCCAUAGAGGCAGGUGGCGGGACACUCGAAGAACAAGGUCGCUUGCUGGCUGAGCGAAUUCAUACAUUCUACUUCAAUCGGUGCGACGGAUCGCCUACAAAUGUGGAGUUCUGCAACAUGGUCAGUUCGGUGCAGGUUUCAGUUGAAAUCGGAGAAGAUGGCAACCUAGUUGGGUACGUCGUUUGUCCCCUGUGUCAAUCCGAGAAGAAACUACGAGUGUCACAGGAUCGAACCGGGCACUGGGUACUGGCGAACAUUGUCUCGCACAUGAAUCGACACCUGGCAACGAUGGUCAAUCCGAGCCAAAAUCCGUCCGAUGAUCCGAACUCGUCCAAGAAAGUCAAACUGGAACCGUUGGAUUUGGAUGAUUCCUCCUCCCAGUACGGGGCUAACCCAUACGGUUUUACUAUGAGUAUGACCUGAACGGAAGAACUGCAAUUAUUAGCACGUAAGUACCACCUACGUUUACAAUUAUGGAUAGAUUCAGUAUUCUAACUAUGUCUAAAUAU